GAGCUAUUGUGUAACCUGCAGCACAGUUCAUACCAGAACUUUUCUAAAAUCUUUGUAUCAACUUUUAGGGUUUUUUUUCUCUGCUUUUAUUUUUUCAUUUCAUAAGUUUAAGGCGAAUUCAUAGAUUCAUAAAGGCAAGACUAUAACCCACAUAUCUAAUUUGAUGUUACGAACGUCUUAGAAGCAACAGCAAGGAUGCGCUUGACGUUAGUUUGCCUUGUUAAGCCUAUACUUCAUGGAUACUUCAGAAGCUCCUGCUCCUGGAGGGUCCGGAUUGCUUUUGCUCUUAAGGGUAUUGAAUAUGACCAGGUUGCAGUCAACCUAAUCAAAGAUGGAGGUCAGCAGCUUACAGAGCAAUACAAAACAUUAAACCCCAUGCAACAAGUUCCUGCAGUGGAAGUUGAUGGCAUUACUCUGUCUCAGUCACUUGCUGUGAUUCAGUACAUUGACGAGACCAGACCGGGACCCCGUCUUCUUCCUGCAGACCCAAAGGCACGCGCCCACGUUCGGAUGAUAAGUGACCUCAUUGCCUCUGGGAUACAGCCUGUGCAGAACUUAUACGUACUGCAGAAGAUCGGAGCGGAGAAGGUACCAUGGGCACAGCACUUCAUUAACCGUGGUUUUCAAGCUCUAGAGCCUAUUCUGAAGCAAACAUCAGGAAAAUACUGUGUAGGUGAUGAGAUUUCCAUGGCAGACAUUUGUCUGGUCCCACAAGUCUACAAUGCAGAGAGGUUUAAAGUGGAUGUAAGCCAGUAUCCAACCAUCAAAAGGUUAAAUGAGACUUUGCUCGAGGUUGAAGCUUUCAAACUGAGCCAUCCAUCUCGCCAGCCGGACACACCUGCAGAUCUUCGAGCAUGAAAUGUCAGUGUGGCACAUGUACUGUGUAAUACUGCUUUAAAAAAAAUGUUUUAUUGAACCCAUUAAAUAGCAGUGAAACUUUCAAAACAUU